AUGAGUGCCGCUGCAAGUCAAGACCAAGGUGGUCUGAAGUUUUUCUCUGGCGAGUCCGAAGACCACAAGGACUACCGUCGGUGGAAAGCAUGGGUCCAGUCGAAGAUGAUGACGCUGGACAAAAUGCCCAAGGAGGCCCGAGGGGCCUAUGCUUUCACUCUCUUGAGUGGCAAGGCUUUGGAGUGUGUAGAACACCUGGAUCCUAGCGCAUUCCAGAAAGAAGGCGGUGAGAAAGUUCUGUUCGAUCUUCUGGAUCAGCGAUUCCCUCAGAAAGAAGUCACCGAUGAGAUGUCGGAGGUGCUGACCGAGAUCUUCAAUCUUCGUGCCGCCGAAGGGGUCAUGAAGCGAGAGGAGAUCGGCAAAGCAAUGCGCAGCUGCUACCCCGAGUUCGUGAUGAAGAAGAAGCAAAUAGCUGGCGUUGCAAUUCUGGGAGAAUCCAUCGUAGGAGAGCCCGUUUCUGAGAUCUCCGACCUCGUCGACGACUUCAACGAUGUUGAACAAUUUCUUGCUGAGUAUCAGCAAGACGAGGCUCUUGAAGAAGAAGUCUAUGAAGAGGCCGAGGUCGCAGAAGCAUUGGCGAUCAGCUGGAAAGAUCGACGGCAAGAGCUGUCGAGGUUGCAGAAAGCUCGCAACUUUUCUUCGAACGCCGCCAAGUCCAAUGAGCUCAGAAGAAGUUUUCGUGUAGAAGUUGAAGAGUUGAAGAAAAAGACACGCUGCCAUCGCUGUGGACAAUUGGGACACUGGUCCAAGGAAUGUCGAAAAGGAAAAGGCAAAGGCAAGCAGUCCUCUUCCUCGAAGGGCUCCUCAGAGACUGGUGCAGCCCUGGUACAACCCGUCCAAGAAGAUGAUGAGCAGUUUGUUGCUAUGGCACAGCAUUUUGCAAGUUGGUCGCCGCUUGACAUCCUGCGUUCCACGAAGCGAGCAACAGAUUCCUCGAUUCCUGAUUGGACCGUGCGCGAAACUCUGCUGGUUUCAAGCCCUGGUUUCGGGGUGACCGAUUCAGGAUGCGGCCGCACUAUUGUCGGCCGUGAGACACUUGCCAAGUUCAAGCAAGUGUGGCAGCAACACGGCAUGUCAUGCCCUGAGCCUGAGCCUGAGAUCAACUACUUCAGGUAUGGCAAUGGUGAAAAAGAGACCUCCACUGAGGUGCUGGCCAUGCCAGUUCGAAUCCCUGGCAAGUCUGGAUCCAUUCGUGCAGCCAUCGUGCAAGGACAAGCCCCAUUGCUGAUCUCGCGCGCAGCUCUUCAGAAACUCAAGGCAACACUGGCCUUCGGACAAGGCACCAUGACCAUAUUUGACGAUGCAGUGCAGGUGCCUCUCCACACCAAUUCCGCUGGACAGUUCAUGAUUCGAGUCUUGCUCGAGGAAACCAAGGGCAAGGAAGUGCAGUUCUCGGAAGUUAUGGCCUCUCAGGAAGCCAACAGUUGCUGUGAUCAUGAGCCUACAAUCGCACCUUCCAUGCCAGAGACCGCCUUAGAUCCUGAAGAACAGGAACACGUCAACACGAUCGAGAGCCUGCCAGUUCAAGUGUGCCGACAGUUGACGGCACAAAUCAAGCAGGCACCAAGUCGAGUCGGCUCCUUUGUGCAGGGGAAGCGUUUCAUGUUGGCUGAGAUUUUCAGCCCUCCUCGUUUCGCUCCGUCCAUCGAAGCAGUAGGCGAUCUCGUGUGCUAUUGGCGACAACAGAAAGUGAUGGGUCAAGGUGUGGUUCAACAAGGUGGACGUUGGUAUGGUACUGCAAUUGUGAUAGGAGGUGAAAGCCAAGCCAUGUCAACUGCCAGUGGAACGGCAGAAUGGCUGCAUACCGAAAUGCCGCUCACUCCCGAUGAAGCAGCACAGCUUCGCUAUCUGAUGGCCAAGGCGUCGUCAGACCAGAUGAUGCCAUCCCUGCCAAUCGAUGCACCAGGUAUUGCUUCCGGAGCUGCUGACCCAGACUCAGGUUUCAGCUUGAUUCCCUUCUCUGGAUCGAUGACUGACGCCUCCAAACGUCGAGAGGAGUUGUCAGCAGCCUCGCCGCAACCGAAGAAGGAACGUGGAUAUGGUCCAUCAGCACAUCCCAAGUUCAAGGCCUCAGGUUCCAUGGAAGGAUCCUAUGCUGCCACCGAAGGAAUUCCACCUCCGAUGCCAGGUUCAGAUUUGAGCUCAAGUAUGCUGCCAACGUUGCCUCCGGAUGUGAUGGACAUGCACCAAUGGGGUUUGAACAUGACUUACCAUGAUUUGGCAUGCUCACCCGAAGACCGAGCCAAGUCAUAUGUAAAGUGGGUAACGGCACGUCAGCGAUCAGCGUCAGGCCUGUUGCUUGAUCUUUCAAAUUAUUUGAGCCGUUUCAUCGCCGAACGUGAUGCAGCAGAAGAUGCCGCUUGGGAGGGACCAAAGAUCCCCGGCACCGAUGUGCCUCGCACCUAUAAGUAG